CCUCCAGUUCCGCCUCUGCCUCCCGGUUUCGUUCGAUCCCCCUCUCAGGAGCGCCCCCUCAUCCCGCCGCCGCCGCCGCCGCCGCCAUUACCUCUCCAAUCUUUACCCCGCCUCCAUACUCCUCUAGCAUCCCCAGUGCCACAACGAUCUUACAGCAGCACACCUGGAGAUCCUAAUGGGGAUAAAAGAUAUGAUGUCACAGCUCCAGCAGUAUUUCGUCCUUUACUCAUACCAUUUGCACCCAUCAAUCCUUUGCCUUCCUUAGGCGAUCCUCCGGUGCUCACUGUGUCCUUGCCUACGCAACCUUCGCUUUCCUCCGCAGCUCAGUCAGUUAAAACCAUCAAUAACCCUUCGCGCCAGGUAUCAUGGUCAAAGCAAGUCCUUGAUCUCGUUGAGAGAAUUCAGAUCAGCGAAAGGCGGCUCUAUAAUGACAAUUUGGCACCCAACUUGGAUCCUCGACUCGAGGUGCUAGUGGACCAAGCCAUUCAGCACAUUCUUUCUUUGAGCCAGAUUCCUGGAAAGCCAUUAUACCCGUAUGCGGCAGAAGCUAUUUAUCUCCGGGGAACGCUGGCGGCGUCAGGAUCGUUUCCUGCUUACAUCAAGCGAGAUCUCCGGGCGGCGUUCAAGGACUUCGAAACCGCCGCUCGAAACAGCUUUGACCCCGCAUGGUUCAGGAUUGGUAGGGACUACGAAGGAGUGAACCAGAUUGAAAAGGCCAGAGAGUGUUAUGAACGUGGCGUUAAAAUCGAAGAGAAGAACUGCCUUUAUGUAGGUAUUGCGCAGCUUCUUGGCCAGUUGGGAUUGUCGAUUAACCAGCGAGCCGCCAUUCCACUGCUGAAGCACGCUGCAGAUUGGUCCGACGUGGAUACACCCCAACCAGCGUACGUUUUUGGAAUGUUGCUAUUGGGAGAGUAUUCCCACUUGGAACUGCCCGCUUCUACCUUCGCGCCAUACCUUCCUAACUCACACGCCGAGCCACGAAUGAUAGAAGCUCGACGGUACAUUGAGCAUGCUGCCUAUUUGAAUUUCGCACCUGCUCAAUGUAAGGCUGGAUGGGCAUAUGAAUAUUCAAAGAUGGGCUGUCCUUACGACCCAUUACUAAGCGUUCAGUAUUACAGCCUCGCCAGCCAACAGGGAGAAGAGGAAGCAGAUAUGGCGUUGAGCAAGUGGUUCCUUUGUGGGGCGGAAGGCUGCUUCGAUAAGGAUGAGCACUUGGCAUUUACCUUUGCAGAGAAGGCUGCCAGGAGGGGUUUCCCCAUUGCGGAGUUCGCUAUGGGUUACUACCACGAAGUUGGCGUUGGAUGUAACAUCGACGUAGCUGUAGCUAGAAAAUGGUACACAAGGGCAUCCAAACGUGGCAACACGGAUGCAUCCGAACGAUUAAGGGCACUUAACGAGCGAAACCCAUCUGUCCUGUCCCGUGAGGAGCAUGAUUCGCUUGCUCAGAACACCCUUAUUCGGAAACGAACACUGGCUCGUGAAGCCUCCAAAGCUGCCGGG